CGCGGUCUCGCGCGGCGCUCGCCUGCCAGCCACCACCAGCGCCGCCUCCCAGUCCCAGUCCACGCCUCGCCCCCCUCACCAAACCCCACCGGCCCCCGCGCGCGCACCACUCCACUCCGCCCGGCGGCGCCAUGGUCUUCCCUGCCCCGACCUCCCUCUCCUCCUCCGGCUACCCCGCCCCAAUCCACCUCCGCCUCCAGCCCCUCCCCAGCGCCCCGCCGCCCCACCCCGCGCUCCUCCCCUUCCCGCGCUCCCUGCCGCUCCGCCUCGCCCGGCCCCGCCUCCCCCCCAUCCCGCUCGCCUCCUCUGGCGGCGGCGGCGGCAGCGGCGGCGAUGACGACCUGCCACCCUCUGGCGGCGGCGGCGGAGGAGGAGGAGACGAGGGCGACUACGGCAGCGCGGGCGGGGACGGCGACGGCGACAACGCGUCGGUCAACAGGAAGGAGGCGCUGUUCGUGCUGGCGCAGCUGGGGCGGAAGCUCGAGAGCCUGCCGGCCGACCUCGCCGCCGCCGUGCAGGGCGGCCGCGUGCCCGGCGAGAUCGUGCGCCGCUUCGUGGACUUCGAAGCGUCGCCCCUCUUCAGGUGGCUGCUGCAGUUCGGCGGCUUCAAGGAGCGCCUCCUCGCCGACGACCUCUUCCUCACCAAGGUCGGCAUAGAGUGCGGCGUCGGCAUCUUCACCAAGACUGCUGCAGAGUAUGAGAAAAGGAGGGAGAACUUUGUCAAAGAGCUUGACUUUGUGGUUGCAGAUGUGAUCAUGGCAAUAGUUGCAGAUUUCAUGCUUGUAUGGCUUCCUGCUCCAACCGUGUCUUUGCGUCCACCACUAGCGGUGAAUUCUGGAGCCAUUGCUAAAUUCUUCUACAACUGCCCAGAUAAUGCCUUCCAGGUUGCUCUGGCUGGGUCAUCAUACUCACUUUUGCAGCGAGUGGGAGCUAUUGUGAGGAAUGGUGCAAAGCUUUUUGCAGUUGGAACUAGUGCUUCACUGAUAGGCACUGGUGCGACCAAUGCACUGAUAAAAGCAAGGCAGGCUGUCAGUAAAGAUUUUGCUGGUGAAGUUGAGAAUAUUCCAAUUGUAGCAACAAGUGUUGCGUAUGGUGUGUAUAUGGCAGUUUCUAGUAACCUCAGGUACCAGAUUUUGGCUGGAGUGAUUGAACAGCGGAUGCUCGAGCCACUACUGCACCGCCACAAACUAGCAUUGGGCGCAAUGUGUUUUGCAGUUAGGACUGGGAACACGUUUUUGGGUUCUCUACUGUGGGUCGACUAUGCCAGGUGGAUAGGCAUACAAUAGGGCCAAGCAUAGAGAAAAUUGCAUAGAGUGUUAGCAAUAUUGGUCCUUCAUGACUUGCUAUUACCAUGCUUCCUGCAACUGGCACACUACUCGUCUGCUUCAGGGGAGACGCGUAUGACAUGUUCAGGUUUCGUUCUUUAAACAAGGCCUUGGGGGGGGGGGGGGGAGCACAAUUUGUCGAAUUAUUCCCGCAAUCCCGCAACAAGUGACUGGAAUUUGUUUUGAUGGUUUAUGUGUCGUGUUGGAUUCGAUUCCAUUCAUACAGUUUUGAGUCGUUAUUUGUUCAUGUUCCUGUGAUUUAAAUAUUCACUCUGUUCUACUGGCAACCAGCAGCAGUAUUUUUCUCUCA